CAGACUCACAAAUCUCCUAAAUUUUGCGGGAUUGCCUUAAAAUAGUAGCCAUUAAUGGGGAAAAAAAGACAGCUUUAUCAAUGGAGUCGCUUGCACUUCGGCAAGCCUCUCUCUCAACCUCACAACAAAAAAGAGCCAAGAGACCUCGUCAACCCCCACAAGAAUCUCGAUCAGGUUCCAUCCCAAGCAUCAAUUUUGUUCCUUAUAACCCUCCCUUUUCCCCUCCUCAAUCUCUUUUGUGUUCCUCAUUGCGCUCGCAGGUCCAGUUCGUCAUUAAGAACAAUGAGCGAAGUUAUGGACCGAAAGCAUGGUCUUGAAGGCCACGUUGAGAACUCGGAGGAUGAGAGGAAAAUAAAGUCAGGAUCUCUGAAGAAGAAGGUUUCAUCGAAGUUCAGGAAUUCCUUGUCCAAAAGGGGUAGGAGAAGCAGUAAAGUGAUGUCUGUUGCCAUUGAGGACAUCCGUGAUGCUGAGGAAAUGCAGGCUGUCGAUGCCUUCCGCCAAACUCUUAUUCUUGAGGAGUUGCUUCCUUCCAAACAUGAUGACUACCACAUGAUGCUAAGAUUUUUGAAGGCCAGGAAAUUUGACAUUGAGAAAGCAAAGCAAAUGUGGUCUGAUAUGCUCCAGUGGAGGAAGGAAUUUGGUACUGAUUCUAUCUUGGAGGAAUUUGAAUUCAAGGAGCUUGAUGAAGUCCUAGAGAUAUACCCACAAUGCCACCAUGGGGUUGAUAAGGAAGGCAGGCCUGUUUACUUUGAAAAACUCGGGCAAAUCGACUCCAACAAAUUAUUGCAGGUCACAACUUUGGACCGUUACAUGAAGUACCAUGUUAGGGAGUUUGAGAGGUGCUUUGCUGUGAAGUUCCCUGCUUGCUCUUACGCAGCAAAGAGACACAUUGACCAAAGCACAAGCAUCCUUGAUGUGUCUGGUGUGGGAUAUAAACAAUUCAACAAGGCAGCGAGAGACCUCAUUGGCCGUAUUCAGAAAGUCGAUGGUGAUAACUACCCUGAGACGAUGUGCCGCAUGUUUAUCAUCAAUGCAGGUCAAGGAUUCCGACUUUUGUGGAACACCGUCAAGAGUUUCCUUGACCCAAAAACUACCGCAAAAAUUCAUGUCCUAGGGAGCAAGUAUCAGAGCAAACUGCUUGAGGUGAUUGAUGCCAGUGAAUUGCCAGAGUUCCUUGGGGGUACUUGCAAAUGUGCUGGUGAAGGAGGAUGUCUUCGCUCAGAUAAAGGACCGUGGAAGGAUGCCGAGAUGAUGGGGAUGAUUCAAAAUGACAAGAAUGGAAAGUCAAAGUCCGGUCCUUUAGUUGCUGAUGAGAAAACAAUCUCUGAGGAUGAGAUAGUGUAUCCGAAGAAGAGAGACUCCUUCCGUGGGGAGAAGGAUUCUUGCACCCGGAAACCACAUCUAGCACCUGUUCAUGAGGAAUUUUGCAGUCCCGAUUAUGAGGCCCAAUCCAAUCAAGUAGAUUUCCCUACUCCUGAUGAUGAUAUCCCGAUGGUUGAUAAAACCGUGGAUGCAGGCUGGAACAAGGAAGCAUCCAAUGAAAAACCCGACAUCUCGAAAGCACCAGAGGCUCCAGGUUUGUGUACUUUCCCUGAUGCUUGCAAAACUCAAACUCAAGAAGGACUUCUUAGUAACAAUCUGAUUUCUGGAGUAAUGGCCGUUGUCAUGGGCUUUGUGACUGUGAUCAAAGUGACACGUGCAGUGCCCAAGAAGAUCGUUAGUGCGGCGAUGGAUUACACGAUGCAAGCAGAGGCCAUGUCAAAGCAGCACCAACAGCAGCCACCUGCUCCUGUUCCGACUGUUUCCAUGGCUGAAUUCUCUGUGGUUGCUAAGAGGCUCGGGGAGUUGGAGGAGUGUCUGAGAGUGAUGAGCUCGAAGCCACCUGAGUUCUCCUUUGAGAAGGAGCAAAUGCUCAAAUCUGCAACGAGUCGUGUGGAUAAAUUGGAGUCUGAGCUUCAAUCAACCAAGAAGGCUCUUCAGGAUGCACUAACUCGACAGGAGGAACUCCUUGCUUAUGUUGAGAAGAAGAAGAAAAAGAAGAGGAGAUUCUUUUGGUCCUCCAAAUCCUCCGCUUAGCUGCUUUGUGUCUUCCCACUGGUUGAAGAUCCCACUCUGGAGGUAGAUGUACAAGGCCAUGGGAGCUUGCAGCCUGUUUCAGUGAAAGAGCUGUAAAUUUGAGGAAUACAUAUACUUAGUUACUCCUUUAUGCGUGUGUUUGGAAAAAGAGAUCCAAGGUUCUGGAUCAAAAAAAGGAAAAAAAAAAAUAUAACUAUACUCCUUGUGUUUGCGAAAAGAGAUGCGAGGUUCUGGAUAAAAAAAAGAAAAAAAA